ACAAUUUUGGUUGAAUAGACACACAAAAAUAAGAGAUGUAAAACUUCAUUUAUUUGGAGAAGCCAAAGUUUCGUUCAAGGGUAGACAUGAAACAUGCAGGAGUAACGAAUAUGAGGUGGUUACCUUCUGUGCUUCUGAAGAAUACUUUUCCAUAAUGUACUACCUUCUGGGUGAAAUGCAGACUCUACUGCCAGGAGAAUAUGUGUGUCUGUUCUCCACGACUCUGCCGACAAUACUGCCUUCGUCUUUUAAGAGUGAACAUGGCAAAAUUCAAUAUUUCAUUAAAGCUAAAGUAGAAAUCCCCUGGGGUGUUGAUUUAAAAGUGGAGAAAACAUUGAGCAUUAAGACUAUUGUUAAUCUCAACAACAUCGCAGAAGCCAAGAAGCCAAUAAAACGACAAGUGGAAAAGUUUUUCCGCUGCAUGUGUUGUCCUCUGACGAUGGUCCUGAACUUGCCACAAGCUGGAUAUGUGCCAGGUCAGAACAUCCCUGUGAUCCUGGAGGUGGACAACGCGAGUGACGUGGAUGUGAACAAUGUUGUCAUAAAGUUACAGAAGGUUAUCAAAUGGAAGGCUAGUGUACCUAAGAGUAAAACGGAGACAAACAUUGUGGACCUGGUGGAACUCUCAAUUGGCGGUGUCCGCGGCAAAGACUCAAAGACAUUCACUCAACAACUUUCAGUUCCUGUGGUCCCUGUAUACAACCUGCACCCGUGUUCCAUUAUGACCUGUGAUUAUAUUGUCAAGGUGAUAGCAGAAACAGGUUGCUGCCUUGUAGAUGUGACCCAAGAAGUGCCUGUGUUUCUGGGCACUGUGCCAGUGUUCUAGAAUGGAGAAGCACCUCCUGUAGAUUCCUCCGAACCCUUACAACAGUCUCAAAAAGCCACUAUGCCUAUAACACAACCACCCUUCAAUCCUUCCAUGCCAACAACACAACAGCCAUUCAAUCCUUCUGUGCCGACAGCACCACAGCCAUACAAUUAUGUUAUGCCGGCAACACCACAAUCAUUCAAUCCUAUACUGAUGGCACAACAACCUUUCAAUCCCUCGAUGGCGAUGACACAGAACCCAUCUGAUCCUUUCCAAAUGCCUCCUUUCAAUCCUCAAAUGUAUGUGGCACAA